AUGCCUUCGCGAGGCACGUCCAGUCCCGUUGGAAUCCCGUCGACGCCCUUCGCUAGGCUGUGGAUGACAUCCCAUGCUCCUGAAUAUGUUGGGUUCCUUCUACUCAUUCUCGGCUAUCUAUGCCUGGUCAUUUUCGUGACGCCAUUUCAUCGCAUGUUUAGUGUUGAUGACCUUCAAAUCUCGUUUCCGCACGCAGAACAUGAGCGCGUACCCGUUGUUAUGAACAUUGUAUACGCCUUCUUCAUCCCACUUGGGGUGCUUAUCGUGUACAACUUCAUCAUGCGGUCGCCUGCCGCAAAGCACGAAGUCACCUAUCUCUCUUUUGUGAUUUCAGUAGCAUUGACUCUUUUCCUGACAGACGUCAUCAAGAAUGCAGUCGGUCGGCCGCGACCUGACCUCUUGGAUCGAUGCCACCCCAAGGCUGGAAUCAAGCCUCACACGCUAGUCACUAUUGACGUUUGCACCACUGCUGAUGGACACAAGCUACAAGAUGGUUGGCGAUCAUUUCCUUCUGGACAUUCAUCCUUUUCUUUUUCGGGCCUCGGUUUUGUGAGCCUGUAUUUUGCUGGCCAGUUUCAGAUCUUCAGGACUGCCACAGGCGGACGCGAUCUGAGUCGUGCGCUCUUCUGUCUGACGCCGCUUAUCGGAGCGGCUCUCAUUGCCAUUUCUCGUUGCGAGGACUAUCGCCACGACGUGUAUGAUGUCUGUGUCGGGUCAAUCCUUGGCUUUAGUGUUGCGUACUGGAGCUACCGCAGGCACUGGCCUCCACUGACCAGCCCUCUUUGCGCGCAGCCAUACCCAGCGCCUGGCACUGACAAUCAAGCGUGGCAACGCAUCCGUGAUGAGGAGGCAGGAUCCGAGGACGCUGGCUAUGAAAUGGGCCAAUUGAGGGCCAAUAGCCGGAGCUAG